AUGUGGGAUGCUGGCAGUGAGCUGAAACAUGAAGCUCUCACGAUCUUCCUCAUUAUCAUGGCACCUGUAAGUUUCUGGUUCCUCCGGACUUGGAAUAAGCACUCGAGGAACCCGAAACAAGCUCCAUUGCCACCAGGCCCUCAUGGUGUUCCACUACUUGGUUACCUUCCGUUUUUAGGUACCAAUCUUCACCACCAGUUCACAGACUUGUCAACGGUUUAUGGCCCCAUUUACAAGCUCCAACUCGGUACCAAACUAGGCAUUGUGGUUAGCUCACCAUCGCUUGUGAAAGAAGUGGUUCGUGACCAAGACACAAUAUUUGCCUACCGAGACCUUACUGUCGCAGCACGAAUUCUCUCACAUGGAGGAUCCGAUAUAGUCUUUGGAACCUACGGUCCAGAUUGGAGGAGGUUGCGCAAGGUGCUCGUGAGCCAAAUGCUAAGCAAAACCAACCUUGACGGUUGCUAUGCUCUGAGAAAAGAAGAGGUUGUCAAGUCAAUUAGUCAUAUUUUUAGUGACAAAAUUGGGACCCCAAUCGAUUUGGGGCAGUUAGCAUUUUCGACAACAAUCAACAUAACCAUGCUCAUGUUAUGGGGUGGGACUCUACAAGGAGAGGAGAGAUCUGAUGAUGUUGGAUCCGAGUUUAGAAAGGUGGUGGAAGAAAUGAUCGAGUUACUUGAGAAACCAAACAUCUCGGACUUUUUCCCUGCGCUUUCUAGGUUUGAUCUACAGGGAAUUGGGAGUCGAGCAAAGAAGCUUCUGUCAGUUACGGAAAACAUUUUUGAUUCGGCCAUCAAAGCGCUGAUGAAUAAGGCUCCAAAUGAGCGAGUGCUAGAAAAUGAUAAGAAGGGCUUUCUGCAGUUCCUCUUGGAGAACAAUAAUGAUCAAGAUAGUGCAACAUCGCUUACACUGCAACAAAUGAAGGCCUUACUCAUGGACAUUGUGGUGGGAGGAACCGACACCACAGCAAUAACUGUAGAAUGGACAAUGUCUGAGCUUUUGCAGAAUCCAGAUGAAAUGAGAAAAGUCCAAGAAGAACUAACCGAAAUUGUGGGGAUGAACAACUUGGUUGAAGACUUCCAUUUACCGAAAUUGCGAUAUUUGGAUGCUGUCAUUAAGGAAACCUCCCGAUUGCACCCAGCCGGGACACUUCUACCACCGCGCUGUCCAAGCCAAUCCACCACUGUUGGUGGCUAUCACAUUCCCAAAGGUUCCAGGGUUUUUCUGAAUGUUUGGUCCAUUCAUAGAGACCCUAGCGUUUGGGACAAUCCCUUGGAAUUUAGACCAGGGAGGUUCCUAAACACCGACCCUAACAACAGCUUUGAUUACUUGGGCAAUAAAUUUCAGUAUCUUCCAUUUGGUUCUGGCAGAAGAAUAUGUGCUGGAAUUCCCUUGGCAGAGAGGAUGUUAAUCUAUGUUUUGGCUUCAUUGUUGCAUUCAUUCGAGUGGAGGUUGCCUGAGGAUACAAAGGUUGACUUUUCGGACAGAUUCGGGUUUGUGACUAAGAAGGUGACUCCAUUGAUUGCCAUACCAACACCCAGGUUAUCUGAAUUGAAGCUCUAUGCUUAGUUAAACUUUCUUCACUUCACUGUAAACUUGCAGCAUGAAUUGACUGUUCAAUUAUAGAAUAUUACACUUGAAUAAACAUUAUAAUAA